GAAGCGAUGCUGUCCACGUACUUUGAAACCAUCAAUGACCUGCUGUCUUCCUUUGGGCCAGUUCGCGACUGCUCUCGGAAUAAUGGGGGCUGCACUCGCAACUUCAAGUGCGUGUCUGACCGCCAGGUGGACUCCUCAGGAUGUGUGUGCCCCGAGGAGCUGAGGCCCAUGAAGGACGGCUCUGGCUGCUACGACCACUCCAAAGGCAUCGACUGCUCUGAUGGCUUUAACGGUGGCUGUGAGCAGCUGUGCCUGCAGCAGACGCUGCCUUUGCCCUACGAUGCCACCUCCAGCACCAUCUUCAUGUUCUGCGGUUGUGUGGAGGAGUACAAGCUGGCUCCCGAUGGAAAAUCCUGUGUAAUGCUCUCAGAUGUCUGCGAGGGCCCCAAGUGCCUCAAACCUGACUCCAAAUUCAACGACACCCUCUUUGGAGAGAUGCUACAUGGUUACAACAACCGGACCCAGCAUGUGAACCAAGGCCAAGUCUUCCAGAUGACCUUUAG